AUGGCCGACCAUCAUGCGCAAGACCGCCCUGGUGGCCCGCUCCCUGUUUUCCUUGCGGACACAUACAAUGGAAGACACUUUGUGCUUAGGAAGAUCGGACACGGUCAGAAUUCCACUGUAUGGCUGGUGCGAGAUCUGCGUACCCUGAUUGCAUUCUCCAGAACUGGCUACUUCCGAGACCUGAAGAUCCUAUCGUCUGAUUGCUGCGGGGUGGCUCGUGGCAUUUCUACGCGGAACACUCUCACGCAACUGCGCGAUGCGAAUCCUCAGGAUCCUGGCUACGCCCACAUCGCAGUACUUACGGGCUGCAUGAAAUGGCUCCCUGGUCAUAGACUGCCACCCAACGUCAUGCGUCUCUUCACGAGGUCACUUCUUCUGGCGCUGUCGUAUGCUCAUGGAUCAGAGGUCAAAUAUACUGAUAUCAAGCCGGAGAACAUUUUUGCGAUGAUCAAGAAUAAAUCAGUCAUCACCGAUCUCUAUAUCCCCAACAACCCGAAUGGCCCAAUGUUCGAUAUUGUUCUAGGAGGCUGGGGCGCAGCUAGCUGGGCCGACCUCCAUUACAACAAAACGAUUCGGCCAAUAAGAUUCCGACCCCCAGAGUCCCUUAUCAUUGCCCCCUGUCCUCCCAGUUCUAGUAUGGACUUCUGGAGUCUAGGCGCGACGAUGGUGGAAGCCUUUUUCGGUGUAUGGAUGUUUGAAGGCAGUUUUCGCACGGGAGGUCCUUACGGUCCUAUACCAGAUUCACUUCGUGAGAAGGGUGAUCAUACUCUCGUGCAACAGAUCUUUGACGACAGGGGACGAGUCAAAGGGUUACCGCGGCUGCGUCUCCCGACGCUUGAAAAUGCUUCCUGGAUGCUAGGUUUGGGCGAACGAGACCGCGUUGGAUUUGCGACAUUUUUAAUAUCGCUAAUGAGAGUCAAUCCUGAGGAGAGGGUAAACAUCGGCCAGUUGAUAUAUCAUCCGUGGGUGCGGUAG